ACUGCAGUGACGCAUGUUUUGCUCUGUGUAACUGUUUGUUUUGUGACUCGUAUCACUGGGAUUUGGCCGUUUAAUCCUAGGCACGAGUGACUGAAUAUUGUAUUUAAUAAAUGGGUUAUUUAAUCAAAUAAAUUAAAAACAUUUACAUGUAAAUCAAGUAUGUGACACAUACAUAGGAUCCAUAAUUGAAAUGUUUAGUAGAACAUAACCUAUGACUUAUUAAUUUACGUCGCAUAUAUUUUGGCAGUAGAAUACAUUUUUCUUCGUGUUACGCUGUGCGUACCAUCUAAUAAGUUUCAUGCCAAAACUUAAGAUGCUGCAAACUUUAAACAAUAUGAAGCCAGAAAUGGAAAGGAACGAAACUUUGUCAAUGUCAACAAAAAUAAAAGAAGAGAUUAAGCUUGAGGACUUGGACGUGGCAGAGGAUAUUUUUUUGUAUGACGAUUCUUUCGUUGACAGUUGCAAUUUACUAGACUAUGAAGCAAGUAAUAUCGUAGUCGACUUCUCUGCUGAUGAAGAUCCAUUAAGUUUAAACGAAAACCUAACAGAAGACAAUGAAGAAGUUCCCAUUACAAAACUUUUGAGGAAGACUGGUAACUCGAGCAAAUCCGUAAUGAAGCCUGAUCCUUCGACAUUGAACCCACUGUGUUUCAACGAAAUCGAUAGGAAGAUAUUUGUGUGCAAAGUUUGUAGAAUGAUAGUUGCGAAACGAAAUAAGCGUAAAACCUACAUCGAAGUGGAGCACACUUACACGAAAUUGCACAAUUUUCUGGAAAUGGAGAAAAUAAAACCCUCCAAUGAACAAAAGUAUCCUUGCAAAUUUUGCUCAGCAGUUUCUAAAUCUUCUCGACUCUACAUGCUACAUCUCGAGAAACACGGGAAGGAGUUCCAUGAGUGUAACUAUUGUUUCCAAAAGUUGGAGAUAAAAUGUUUUUUGAAACCGCUUACUCGGUUCGAUGAGUAUCCCUGUGAACUUUGUGGAAAAAUUCUCAACAAGAAAGGUUCCUAUGUCGCUCACAUGGGAAAUCAUUACCGAAAACAGUGUAAAUUCUGCGGCAAAAUGUUUCCCAAAUUUGCAAAUUUGAUAUCGCACUCAGUUUGGUGCAAAGGUCGAACAAUUUGUAGUGGAUGUUUUAAAAACUUCGCCACCUUGGAUGCCGUGAAAAAUCAUAUACUGGUUUGUGAAGAUAUUCAAAAGUUAAAUCGAUCCUAAAAGUGAUACUAGGUUCUUGUGUAAAAUAUGUAUAUAUUAAAGAUAGUAAUUAGAAUAAGAGGAACUUUGAGGCUGAGCAAUAAAAUAUAAUUAAAUUUGAAUUUAAA